AUGCUCCCUCCAACCAUACUGCACCCCUCGUCUGCUUCCGCAUCUAUAGACCCAUCAUUGCGUCCGAAGCCUCUCCACCUCCAUGGCAGACCUCUCCAUGCCCCCUCUUCGCCCAAUUCCGUGGCUUCCUCGAGAGAGACAUCCCCAAUACCGCGCAUACCGCGCUCGGCCAUUGCUCACUCAGCCGCCCAUUCAUCGGCAUCCACAUCUCGAUCAAUCUCCAGGUCGCGGAAGGGUAGCAGGGAUCUUAGCAUCCCUCGCUCUCCAAGCGGAGGUCCCGCAACUCAAACUCACGGUCAGAACGUUCAGAAGCUGCUUGCGGACGUGAACAAACCCCUUCUGCCUCCGCCAGUCGACACAUUAGGACGACUCUCCCCAAUUUCUCCCUCGUUUACUAACAAGCCAAUUGAUUCACAACUCCAACGCUCUCCGGGGCUGAAAUCACCCCAGCCACAAUCUAAUCUAUCAUCCUUCUGCCUGCCGGACAGCGUUCCUGAAUCAACACAACAGAAUAAGGAAAAGGAUAGCAGAUGCCAGAAACAGCAGCAGCAGCAACCACAACAACAACAACAACAACAACAAUCGGAAAAACAGGCCGAGGACCCUGAAGAUAGCCAGAUGUGGAGCAUGAAUCGUAACCUGUCCCGUACAGGGAGCGUGACAGGUUCUGUGUUAGAAACCGUCGAGGAGGCAGGAACUCCCACACCAACUGACUCACACGUUACCCUUGACUCUAGACUAGAUGAGAAAGAAAGGGGGAAAGACGAGGCCCUGUCCAAACCCGGCGGUGAAAGCGGCUCAGACUCCAGCGGAAAGAAGAGAAUGGCUCGGCGUCCCUCGGAUCCCUAUAGAAGAAAUGCAUCGGCUACAACCCGGCCAACCGCAGGUGAUGUACUGCCAAAACGGUCGUUUACCUCACUGAGUUCUACUCGCGGGAAGCCGGGAGAAAUCUCCAUGACCAACAUGACGGUUGAGACCGAGACCGUUAGCUCAGUACCCCAGGUACCCCUUGGCGGCGGAGCAACUGAGCGUGGAGGCACUGGUACAUUAAGAGAACGAAGAAGCGAUGAAACCAUCAGGCCUAAAAAGGAAAAGAAAAAACCACCUAGAAAGACCACAGUGCCACCUGGAGGAAUGUCAUCAAAGGCAGAUAUAUUCGAGGCCAAGGUUGCUAGUGCCGUCGAUGAUGCGGACUCUUCCGAUUCUGCAGAGACGUUUGUCUAUGAGUCUAAUCCCCGUGACCCGCAUCCAGCUCGCCAACAUAGAUAUCACUCCAGGACUCCCUCUGCAGCCUCGGCAGUUAGCCAGCUUGAUCAGUACGGUGGCCGCACUCGCUCUGCACUUCGUGACACACCCGGUUUUCACGGAAUCUCUGGAAAGCGAAGCAUGAAGUUUACUAACACCACCUACAACACCUUUGACGGCGACGAUAACAUGUCUUCUGGACGGGGCAGCUCACGGGCCAAUGGCCAUAAUAUACACACCACCAGACACCAUACAGGUCGACACGCCCGCAACGGUGCGCAUCCAUCGCUUUUCGACCAUGCACGGUUCUUCUCUUCACAGCAACUGCCAACAUCCAAGGGGUUCCGAUACUCUUCUGUCAAUAGUAACAGUGUACCUCAUCGUUUUGCUUCCAAGCAAGACGGCGACUACGGCUACGAUUUUGAUGCAGAGGGUGCAGACGAUGAGCGUGCACCCCUGGUAGGCGGCUCUAAUGGUCGUAGCAUCCGCUCCCGCCAUGGGCGUCGGCCAGGAAGUUCCAGCCUUCGGCAACUAGAGUACAUGGAAGAACGGCGUCGUGGAUGGUUCGCCAGAAUCACGCUCUGCACGCUUCUACUUAUCAUUAUCCUACUCCUCGGUGCAGGGACGGCAGUGUUCGUUGUCGGAGUGACCAAGGCGUUGACCAAUGUACAGAUCCGUGGUAUUCAGAACGUGCUUGCUUCAGAGGCAUUGCUAAUGAUGGACCUGGAUGUUCAAGCGGUUAACCCGAACCUCUUCGCCUUGACCGUUAACCAUCUAGAUGUGAACAUAUUCGCGAAAAGCAAGUUUCUGGACGCCGAAAGCAUAGAUUUGGGCAAGGCACGAAUACUGCCUCGCACUAGCGAUAGUAAAUCGCGAGCUCUACUCUCCCUUACGGCGAAGGGAGUAGAGGUAGAUUCCGAAAGAGAAACGGUAGAAGGGAAAGUUGACAAAGGCACCGACCCCAUCCACGAUCCGUCAGAGCCUAAUCCACAAACCAUGCUCCUGGGCCGCGUUUUCCACCUUGACUCGCCGCUUACAUUCACUCCAUCGCCGUGGAAGCAUCUUGCAUCCAAUUCAACGGCUCAAAUCCGCGUUCCUAAACCUGGUAAUAGGACUGAGGAAGGCGGCUCUUUGCGCUGGGAAAAGAUCCAGCAACAUCCCUUUGAGCUCAUUGUGAGGGGUGUUGUGCGGUAUGAGCUUCUGCUUAGCUCAAUAGUACAGAGUGCGCCUGUCAGUGCAAAAGUUGCCGUUCUGCCAGAUAAAGGGAAUGCAAAACCUACGCCAACAUCGACUUCCACUCCAACCGCACCAACAAAGACAGUCACCGCAAAGGCGUCAACGGAGACUUUGGGCUCUCCUUCCAUACUGACCCCUUUGCCCUGA